UUUCAGCGGCGUGUGUUUUGGUUUACGGAUGCUGAGGAGGCUCGUCGGUACUCUCACUUACAACUAAACACUCCGCAACACAGCCGUUGUGACAGCCUUGAAGAUAUGGCCAUGUGCUCCGAGUCCGCUAACGUUCGCUCCGCGGUGGGCGGGGAGCCGAAGAAGGAGAGGAAGGUGGCUCUUAUCACUGGCAUCACCGGACAGGAUGGUUCCUACCUGGCUGAGUUACUGCUCGAUAAAGGCUACGAGGUUCAUGGCAUUAUGCGCCGCUCAAGCUCCUUCAACACGGGUCGCAUCGAGCAUCUUUACCAGAACCCGCAGACGCACACUGAAGGCAACAUGAAGCUGCACUAUGGCGAUCUGACUGACAGCACGUGCCUGGUGAAAAUCAUCAACGAGGUGAAGCCGUCGGAGAUCUACAACCUGGGCGCUCAGAGUCACGUCAAGAUCUCCUUCGACUUGGCGGAGUACACCGCCAACGUGGACGGCGUCGGCACGCUUCGUCUCCUGGACGCCGUGAAGACAUGCGGUCUGACCAACAGCCUCAAAUUCUACCAGGCCUCCACUAGUGAGCUCUUCGGCAAAGUCCAGGAGAGCCCUCAGAAGGAAACCACUCCCUUCUACCCUCGCUCACCUUACGGUGCCGCGAAGCUCUACGCCUACUGGAUCGUGGUGAACUUUCGAGAGGCCUACAACUUGUUCGCUGUCAACGGGAUCCUCUUUAACCACGAGAGCCCGAGGAGAGGUUCAAACUUUGUGACGCGUAAGAUCAGCCGUUCUGUGGCAAAGAUCCACCUCGGCCAACAGGAGCAAUUCAGCCUGGGCAACCUGGACUCCAAGAGGGACUGGGGCCACGCCAAAGACUACGUGGAGGCGAUGUGGCUGAUGCUGCAAGAGGAGGUGCCAGAGGAUUUCGUCAUAGCAACGGGGGAGGUGCACAGCGUGAGGGAGUUUGUGGAGAAGGCCUUCUCGCAUGUGGGGAAGACCAUUGUGUGGGAGGGAAAGGAUGAGCAGGAGAUUGGCCGCUGCCAGCAGACGGGAGUGGUCCAUGUAAAGGUGGACCCUAAAUACUUCCGUCCUACUGAAGUGGACUACCUGCAAGGCGACAGCAGCAAAGCAUAUCGGAAGUUGGGUUGGAAGCCAAAGGUCACUUUUGAGGAGCUGGUGAAGGAGAUGGUGGAAGCGGACAUCCAGCUAAUGAAGACAAACCCAAAUGCCUGAGUCCAAAUCAGUCAUCAUUCCACCCACGACCGAAACGUUUCAACACUCCGGUGUUCUACCUACAGAGGAAGGAACAUGUUUUAUUUGUACCUUAAUGACAUUUCCAAAUGAAGUAAUUGUGUCCUUUUUGUUGUUGUUUGUUGUUGGUUGAUUUAUUAUUUCUAUCUUGUGUCCAUUUCUUGCAUUUUGUUUUGCUGUCAAACAGCAGAGAUUCCUUUUGUAUUUCCACACUGAUCACAUGUCCGGGGUUAUGAGUUUAUUUAUGUUUUUGUUUCUUUUGGUUAUGACUUCAAUGAUUUAGACGUCAACAUGUCCUCUGUGGGAGGUUGAAAUGGCUCAAUAUAUAAAUAAAUUGAAGAAUUAAUAUUUGAUGUUGGAAUAUAGCAAUCAACUAGCAUGUAAAUGAACACAUGCACCCUUUGGUAUAAUAAAGACUGGUCUAUA